AGAACUAGCUCCAACCCCUGGGGUGACUGGAUGGGUGUACUGCAUGGUGAUGAAAUUGAUUAUGUUUUUGGGGUCCCUCUUAAAUUAAAUAAAAGGUACACAGAGGAUGAAACGGCUUUAUCUAGAAAAAUAAUUAAACAUUAUGAACAUUUUGCUAAAACCGGGAAUCCUGUGUUCGAGAAAGGUGACAGUUGGCCCCUUUAUAACAAGAACAGACCACAGUACUAUAUAUGGAAUGCAAAUAUUAAAGGAACCGGAAAUGGUCCUCAUGCAGAUGCCUGUGCUUUCUGGAAUGUAUUUAUGCCCAAACUGAAAACUCACAACAAUACAAUGACAGUGAAGUGCGGACAGCCCCAGCAUUUGGUUAGCAAGCUUAGCACUGGCGCGCAUGUGCGCACAAACAUAUUUGUUCUUUUCAUGUUUUGUGCAUCCCACCUUCAAUACUAAUCAAAUUUUAAUGAGAGAAUAUGUUGUCUUGUUCAUAAUUAUAAUUGAUAUAAUAUUGUAAACUGUACAUCAUUUGUAACGCAGAAACAUAUAGACAGGGGCGUCGUUUUUCCUUAAGUUCUGGGAGCCGCGGUAGCCACCACUUUUGCUUUAGUUCUGGGAGCCCCGGAAGCCACCACUUUUCCUUUAGUUCUGGGAGCCGCGGUAGCCAUAGGGUUGUUAAUCGUUUUUCAAUCGUUUUUAAGAACGAUCUUUUCGUUUUCGGAAAAAAACGA